GCACAGACGGGAACUGCAAUGCAGGUGGAGUUUGCAGAGGCAGAAGACUCAAUGGCCACAGAAACUGCCUUCCCAGCGCUGCAGUGGAGGGUGUUUGGGGUGGGGUCUGUCCUCACCCCAGAAGUGACAGAAUCACCUGGUGUGCUGGAGAGCAAGAAGACCCCUCAGACGCUGAGGCUGAUGCUGGUGGGCAAAAGCAGAAGUGGGAAGAGCGCCACCGGGAACAGCAUCCUGGGCCGGACCCACUUCGAGUCGAGACCCUUCGCCUCAACUGUGACACAGACCUUCCAGACAGGGACAAGGCAGUGGGCUGGGAAGCAGCUGGAGGUGAUGGACACUCCCGAUCUUUUGUGUCCCUUGGACCCUCCUGCGGUGUCCACUCAGCGCAUGUGCGAGGCCAUCACCUUGUCCUCCCCAGGGCCCCACGCGGUGCUGCUGGUGACCCAGUUGGGUCCAUUCACAGAGCAGGAUCGCCAGGCGGCCCUGCGCCUCCAGCAGCUCUUUGGGACGGGCGUGCUGGCACACACCAUCCUGGUGUUCACCCGCAGUGACGACCUGGCUGGGGGCUCCCUGGACGAGUACCUGCGAGGCUCCGACAACCGGGACCUGGCCAUGCUGGACGUGUUGUGCGCACGGCGCCACUGCAGCUUCAACAACAGGGCGCAGGGGCGCGAGCGGGAGGACCAGCUCCGGGCGCUCAUGGAGCAGGUGGAGGUUGUGCUGUGGGAACACGAGGGCCGGUGCUACAGCAACAGCGCGUACCUGUACUGGCGGGAGAGGCCACACGGGGAUGAGCCAGCGAGGCCAGCAGUCCCGGGGCAAGGCUCCCUGGAAGAGCGGGAGGAGGAGGCCUGGCUAGAGCUGUGCAGGGUCCAGAGGGAGUCUGAGGUAUUCCACAAACGUGUCCUUGGGAAGGCACUCCUUUGAGAAUAGUCUGGACUUUGGCAGGAACAGUUCCUACUUCUGUUGGUCUGUGUCCAGCAGCCAGUAGUGACUUUUUAGAAAAAUUAUUAUUAUUUUAGGUGGGCUGGAGUGAUAGCACAGAGGGUCGGGCUUGUGGCUUGCACGGUGCUGACCCAGAUUCGAUUCCUCUGCCCCUGUCGGAGAGCCUGGCAAGCUACCGAGAGUUUCUCGCCCCCACGGGAGAGACUGGCAAGCUCCUGGUGGUGUAUUCAAUAUGCCAAAAACAGUAACAAGUAUCAAUGGAGACAUUACUGGUGACCGUUUGAGCAAAUUGAUGAACAACGGGAUGACAGUGAUGACAGUGAUGAUUACUUUAGGAUUUUGACUGUCCCAGUCUCAGGUCUUGUUGUGUGCCAAGGCCACAGGGUGAUGUUUUCUAGUUCCAGCUCAUAUCCUGGAAACCUCAUCUCACCCUCCAGAACACGGGGCCUCCCCUCUUUUGAAUCCUUCACAAGCCAAUAAUUACCUUUCCAUGAUAGAACCUAGAGCUUUUGCACCAUGUAUCUCAUUUUCCAUGUAAUCCCACAAUACUGUGUUCAUUGGCGCUCCUUCUGUGCUGUUGAUGGAACAUAUCGGACUGGGGUGUGGACCACGGAACUCCACAUCCAUUGUGAAAUGUCUUCCCCUGUAAAGAUACCAGGGAGAAUGAAUUUUAUUUUGGUUUUGGGGCCACUCAAUCUGUGCUUAGGGAUUAUGGUUCUUUGUGCAGGAAUCACUUAUGGUGAUUAUGGUGGUACUUUGGAGAGCCAUAGCCAGGGAUUUGAACAAGGGCCUUCACAUGCCAGGCAAGCGCCUACCCAUUGUACUAUCUCUUAGGCCCCAACAGGCAUUUUUAAAUUUGUUUGUUUUUGUGCCACUCCCGGUGUUUCUCAGGGUUUACUCCUGGCCCUGUGUUUAAGAAUCACUCAGGAUAUCAAAUAUGGUAUCAGAGAUUGAACUAGGUCUAUUGCACGUAAGACAAGGGUCAGAUCCCUUUUACUCUGAAUGGCAUUUAAUGACUUUUUUUUGGUUUUUGGGUCACACCUGGCGAUGCACAGGGGUUACUCCUGGCUCUUCACUCAGGAAUUACCCCUGGCGGUGCUCAGGGGACCAUAUGGGAUGCUGGGAUUAGAACCCGGGUCGGCAGCGUGCAAGGCAAACGCCCUACCCGCUGUGCUAUCGCUCCAGCCCCCAUUUAAUGACUUUUAAUCCCAUUUUAUGAUCCAUGUAUGGUGGGUUAAAAUAUAGCAAAAGGUCUUUGAUAUGUGGGCUUCUGGAUGCGACAGAUCUGGACUGAGGAAAGAGGGAGUAGAACUUGAAGGCAGAAUAAGUCCCUGUUUUCAUAUUAAUGGAGGCCAUCAUAAAUCUUAGUGAAUUUCAUCGGAGUAAUUGGCUAGAUAAGACAAUCUAUCUUAUAAAUAGAUUGUGUAUAAAUCCCAGGAAAGGAGAUAGACCCAGGAUUCACUACAGGUCACUGAGUUGUCAGGUAGACAUGGUCAGAACAGGAGCACUUCCAUAAAGCAAACUUAAUUAGGGAGCUACACACCUCUAUGCUAUUCUCAUGGUAUUUGCUUACUGGUAUUAGAGAACAAGGCAAUUAAAUCCUACUUACAAGUACUUUCCUCCUCCAUUGCUAGUGGGUUUAGAGAAUGGCUGUGUUAGUGUCUGUUAUGUGAGUGCUCUAGCAAGGUAUUUGUGGGUAUAGAAUAAUGGAAUCUGGGAGGAAUACAAACCUGCAAAGAAGAGAACGGAAAGACUUAAUCAUUAUAAGAUGCAGUCUAUCUGGCUGAUGGAAAUUCUACCAUAUGGUGUCUUUCUAGAGGUAUUUAUCCACUGAAAGUUUCAGAAGUCAUGCAGGGUCGGAGAAGAGUGUCAGCUGGUGAUCUAU